GGGUACGGUACCAGGAACCAGCAAUGAAAGAUCAUCCUCCUGCAUUUCUGACCUAUGCAUUGGGUCGAACAGGUCUCGAUCUUAUUCCGAAUGCACAAAAUCACAGGCCUCAAGUUACAUUGACUUUUGCUCAGUCCCUGGACGGAAAGAUUGCAGGUAGUGGAGGAAAGCAGCUCAGCUUAAGUGGGGAAGAAAGCAUGAUAAUGACACAUUGGAUGAGAACUAUGCAUGAUGUCAUUCUGAUUGGGAUCGGUACUGCUCUAAACGAUAAUCCUCAGCUUAACGUUAGAUUGCUACCGCAGGCAUCACAGAGUGGCUUUUAUCACAUUCCUCGUCCAGUGAUACUUGAUUCUAAUCUCCGUCUCGACACCGAAUGCAAGUUGCUGAAGAACUAUAAAGGGGGAAAUGGUCGGAGACCUUGGGUGUUUUGUGCACAGCUGUCAUCAGGAUCGCCUGAACGGAAAAUGCGUAAAAGAGCCUUGGAAGAAGCAGGAGCCAGUGUAUUUGAAAUCCCUGCCGCUGUAACUGGCCAUCUAUCCAUUCCGGCGUUGCUUGAACAGCUACAUGCUUUGGGUACUCGUUCCAUAAUGGUGGAAGGGGGUGCAAAAGUUAUAGGGUCGUUUCUAUCGAAUUCUCAGAAGUCAGACGCCGCGGGUUUGGUAGAUGUAUUGAUAGUUACAGUUGCGCCUAUCAUGGUCGGGAACGAAGGCGUUGGAUAUGAAGCCAAUACUAACGAAGGACAUGCUCCUCUUAUACAGCAUAUUCGAACGGAACUGAUGGGCAAGGACACAGUGAUAGCAGGCAAACUGAACUAAUAAAUAUAAGGCCCGACCAAUUGAGGACACUGGAAACAGGAAAUAAGGAUACGUGCAAACAAAUGAAGAUGAAGUAUCAUGCUUGUUGUUUGCAGCAAGCAGCAAUUUUGUUCACUCAGUUUCCCCUGUCCAGUAGUCAAGAGGCUAAACAGCGGCCAGAAAAUCUUCAAAUUGGUGCAUGUUAACCCUCCAGUGAGUGCAGUGAAACCAAAACGCAUAAUGAUUGCACUGCCCUCCAGGCAGACCUGGUCACUCAAGUGGACUUAAUGUUGAUUAGAUGCCAUCAAAAAAAUGAAAAACAGUGCGACAUGUCAUGACGUGUCUAACCGGUGCUCUCAUGCAGACAGAUCGCCUUUCUUCAACAGCUCUGGAGAACACCUUCCGCUAGAAUCACUAGAAUAUGCGCCAUUUGGAAAACCGGUUACUGUGAAACUCACAAACAGCUCUCACAGCUAAAGUCUAUCACUAUCAAUGACUAUCUGCAUUCGGAAAUUUACAGCUCAUGCCAGUGGUUAGAAUGAAUAGAGUUUUGAAGUGGACCCAUCCGACCACUACAGUAAAAUGUCCUCAGCUGCUAAAAAGAAGUAUCAAUAAGAGCCCUAGCUCCAUUCUCCGAGAAACAAACACUUUAUGGUAAACAU